CCUCGCUCCGCCCCCGGAGCCCGGGGAUGAGGCGGGGAGGCCGCGGCGCCGGCGGCAGCAGCAGCAGCAGCAGCCGCCGCCGCAGCAGCGAGGGGCCCCCCCGCCCGCCGUCGGCCUAGCGUCCCCAGGACCCUCGGGACCCCCGGCCCCGCUGCUCCCGAGCCCUCCGUCUUCUCCCGGGGGCCGGGGCCGCCCGCGCCGCGUCCGGGCCGCGGGGACCGCGCCGAGGAGCAUGUCCGCGGAGACGGAGAUGGAGAAGAGCAUCAAAGAGACCUCCAUUUUAGAGGAAUACAAUAUUAAUUGGACUCAGAAAUUGGGAGCCGGAAUCAGUGGUCCAGUUAGGGUCUGUGUGAAAAAAUCUACACAAGAACGAUUUGCACUGAAAAUUCUUCUUGAUCGUCCAAAAGCUCGGAAUGAGGUACGUCUGCACAUGAUGUGUGCAACACACCCAAAUAUUGUGCAGAUUAUUGAAGUAUACGCUAACAGUGUGCAGUUUCCUCAUGAGUCCAGCCCAAGGGCUCGACUCCUAAUUGUAAUGGAGAUGAUGGAAGGGGGAGAGCUAUUUCACAGAAUCAGCCAGCACCGGCACUUUACAGAGAAGCAAGCCAGCCAAGUAACAAAGCAGAUAGCUUUGGCUUUGCAGCACUGUCACUCACUAAACAUUGCACAUAGAGACCUCAAGCCUGAGAAUCUGCUCUUCAAGGAUAACUCUUUGGAUGCUCCAGUUAAGUUGUGUGACUUUGGAUUUGCCAAAAUUGACCAAGGGGACUUGAUGACGCCACAGUUCACCCCUUACUACGUAGCACCUCAGGUAUUGGAGGCACAAAGAAGGCAUCAAAAAGAGAAGUCUGGGAUUAUACCUACCUCGCCCACACCCUACACUUAUAAUAAGAGCUGUGACUUGUGGUCCUUGGGGGUGAUCAUUUAUGUGAUGCUGUGCGGCUACCCACCUUUUUACUCCAAACACCACAGUCGGACAAUUCCAAAGGACAUGCGGAGAAAGAUCAUGACGGGAAGCUUUGAGUUUCCUGAGGAAGAAUGGAGCCAAAUCUCAGAGAUGGCCAAAGACAUUGUGAGAAAGUUGCUGAAGGUCAAGCCGGAGGAGCGGCUUACCAUUGAGGGGGUGUUGGACCACCCCUGGUUAAACUCCAAUGAAGCCCUGGACAACGUGCUGCCAUCUGCCCAGCUGAUGAUGGACAAGGCGGUAGUUGCUGGAAUCCAACAAGCUCAUGCAGAACAGCUGGCCAACAUGAGAAUCCAGGACCUCAAAGUCAGCCUCAAACCCCUGCACUCUGUAAAUAAUCCCAUUCUCAGAAAGAGGAAAUUGCUUGGCACAAAGCCAAAGGAUGGCGCCUAUAUCCAUGACCCUGAAAACGGAGCAGAGGACUCCAAUGUGGCACUGGAGAAGCUGCGAGAUGUCAUCGCACAGUGUAUUCUGCCCCAGGCUGGUAAAGGAGAGAACGAAGACGAGAAGCUGAAUGAGGUGAUGCAGGAGGCCUGGAAGUACAACCGAGAAUGCAAACUCCUCCGGGACACUCUGCAGAGCUUCAGCUGGAAUGGCCGUGGAUUCACAGAUAAAGUGGAUCGACUAAAGCUGGCAGAAAUUGUGAAACAAGUGAUUGAAGAACAGACCACCUCUCAUGAGUCCCAAUAGCCGCAGCCUCAGAGCAUUAGUUUGUUUUUGUUUUAUUUUUUACAUUUUUGAAAAUUUAUUCCUUAACUGUACAAAGUAAUUUUUAUGUAAAUGAAUAAAUCCUCAUUUCAUUAAAUCUCCAUACUGCUGGAAGAUGCUGUAUAGGUGUAGAGACAAGAAUCACUGGUACUGUAAUAUUUUUUUAAGCCGAGCUCAGUUCUUAGAGAUAGAUCAGCACUCUUGUGUUGUUCAUUUGUAUGUCUCUCAGACAGGACAGGUGAUGUCACCAAGAUCCUUUGACUUGUAGUAAAUGCAGAAGCUCCUUAGCAGUGGGGAGCCACUAAGCAGCUCCACGGGCCUUUCUGCUCUGUAAAAAGCUGGAACAGGAACUGUGGGAUAUACCUUCUUGUGCCCUGUGUCCUCCCUCCUGAAUCAUCAGGGCCAGGACAGUUUGGAGCACCGAGGGAGGGGGCUCUGUUGAUGGCCAUCUGGGAGAAUCCAGCAAGCAGCUCCCAACCCUGACCUCUGAGGCUGUCACUGUGGUUUGCCUCAGUUGAGGGAUUCUUUGGUGCAGAACUUGUCUCAUCUCCUUUUCUGUUUUUCUCCUGGUCUUUCUAGGGUGGAAUAGUAAGGUCUCCUAAGGUUUUCUCUUUGUGUAAUGGUUAGGAAUGAAAAGGAUUUGAAUAGUUUAGUAAAGACAGGUUCUAGUCCAUUUCUUCUUUUUCUGCUUGUAGGUCCCUCAGACAUUAGCCUUAUUUUUCCAAACCAGAAUUUAAGUUUAUCUCUUCCUGUUGCCUUUUUCUGUUGUUGUUUUGUUUUGUUUUGGUUUUUUAGGUGGUGGGGGGGUUCCUUCUUCCUUGUUCCUCUGUUGAUUUUAAACCUUGGUCGAAGGCUUGGAAGGCUGUGCAUUAUAUAUAUAUCUGUCGACUCUGAGACAAGAGUCUUCUGCAUUAUUUGGGUUUCUUCUCCCCAAAUCUGUGCUCUUCUCUCAGCCUUUUUGGCCAUGUCUCUCCUUCCUGCUCCCGUAUGUUCACUCAAGUGUCAUAGCCACUCAUUGAACUGAACAUAAUUCAGAGCGUGGCCCUCAAGGUGUAGAAAACAAAUCUGUUGUGAUAUUUUCUUAUAAUAAAUGGUGGCUUUUAGAGAGACUUUGUAAGGAAGCAGACUAGGUGCUAUUAACCGAGAUGCCAUUCAGGACGAGAGAUGGUAGGUUUGUUCACUUUCAUAGCCUGCCAAAUCUGUCAGCUAGCACUGAUGAAGGCACUGCACUGGGCAAAGGGGAAACAGUGCUUUGAAGGUGCCUCUGUUCUAUCGGGGUGAAGCAGUCUCUCAGCCAGCAGGCACCGAUGAAGCCCCUACUGCUAGGAAUCAGCUCCUCUUAGUGCCAGGCUCUGGGGUUACAGAGACCAAAGCAAGACAGUCCCUGCUUUUGGGGGGUAUCUUAGAGUUCUGGGUUUCUAGCUGAAAACUCAGAUCCCUUAGGCUGCUGCUCCAUGGCUGCUUACCUUUUCAAAGCGCUUUUCUGAACGGAUCUUGAGAUUGGUUAGAACCACGUGGGGCCAAUUUGGCAAUUUGUAAGAGGCUCUUUGCCCCCAGGUCCCCCCUCAUCGUGCUGCUUGUCCAGCUUACCCAGUGUGACUAGACUUCAGUCCCCUUUGGCCGUACUUUCUGCCAUCAAAGGAGCCAUUACAAGGUUGUGGUUAAAAAUGUUUGUGUUCUCUGUUGGCCAGAGCAGCAAAGCCCAUGCCUGAGGGAGUUAAGGACCAACGUCUAAUCUGAAAACCUAGUUUGCAGAUAUUCUAGGCCAUCUGGAUCACAGUAGUUGCAAAGACCCCAACCUCUGUUAGGAAAACUUCGGACUGGAUUGUUUCUAGCAACCAAACCCCUGGAGUUUGCCAUCUUCAUUCCAGGGGAUAGAGGGGAAAUCCAAGGACCCAGUUCUGAUGGGUUGGACAUUGUCAAAAACCAUCACCUUCCUUAGUUAGGGCUGGCGGUGGUGAACUGUGGCCACAGUGUAAGGGGGCAUGUGAAGUGGUGAUAGCUGACCUGUAUUUCACCUUCGGAUUCCUCAAACGUUAGUCCCUAGAAUAAAGAGGAAGGGUCUUGAUGCUCCCAGAAGGACUGAGUUGACCCUGUGCAGGCCACUUGGGAAGUCCGAUCUACUGUCACUCAGUCCUGGGCUGUAAAAGAGCAGAGGGAUUGGUGUGGAUGGUGGGGCUUGGGUACUGGGAGCCAGGGAUCCCUAGCCAGUGGAUGCUGCCCCAAGGGCUUGUACUUACUUUGACGUAGUGAAGCAAAAAGAUGUCAUCCAACCUGAACAAAGCUUUCAUGUGUUUCUUUUUCAUGUAAAUAUUAGGGAACAUCCUACUCUUGGAAGGCUUUGACAUAUUAUUGCUAAUCCGUAGGCCUUGUGAAUUGGAGAGUCCAUAAGAAGACUGCUCCUGCCUAGAGGGGUGAUUCACAGGAAGUCACCGGGUAUAGACUGCCCUGACUUUUUCCCAUUGUACCUCUGGCCCUCUCCCCAUUGAUUCAUUUAUUAAAGCCACUGUUCGUUAGUGAAAUGCCUUUGAAUCACCGAUAGUUAGGUGUCUGGUAGAUGGUAGAGCCACUUCUACCUUUGUCCUUGUGUGUCUUUAGAAACUGAUGUGUGUGGGCAGUGAGAGGGUUCUCAGAGCUUAGUGUUUGAAGUGUGUGGAUAUGAGGAAUUACCCUUUUACCUUUUUUUUUUUUAAGAGAGUUCAUGUUGAGUGUAUUAUCCAUUUGAGAAAGGACCAAUUUGAAGGAUUAGUAGGUAAGAGUAGGCUAACAUAAGGUCGAAAGUCAAAUGAUUGAUUUCAGGCAUGUUAUCUCUAAAACAAACUAUGUUUUAGAACAAAGAUGGGAUGUAAUUUAAUUUCUUAUUAUGCUUUAAUCCUUUAAGUGAAAAAAAUCAGUAACUUUUUUUAUCAAGAGGUAACGGAUGUGAAGUAAGUUCUAAACUUAUUAAUGCCAGUGAUUACUGUGGAGCAUGGUGUAGUGAGUAGAGGGCUGGCCUUGGAGUCAGAAGGUUUUCUGCCUCUGACACACUGGUUGGGCUUCUGUGAUUCACUCGAGUCUGAGACUAGAAGGUAGGGAUGAAUUUGGGAUCUGCCUCAAGUUUAGGGAGUUUCCAGCCUGGGAGUUUCCUAUGCCAGUGGAAUCAAAGGUCCUUGUCACCUCCCCCACAAAUGAUUCCUUUUCUGCUAUCCCACUCUUUGAUUUCAAGAUAAUCAGUCACAUAUGUAAUUCCAAUGGUUUUUGUGAAGUCCUGGAGGAAUCUCUUUUCAGAGUCUUCAAAUUGAAAUGUUCACAUUGGACAAUUUUAAGGAAAUGUUGUUUUAUAUGAAAUGCAAAGACAAAGAUGUGUCUAGAAAUCAUUUGGUCCUUAGGGGUAUUUUUCAGAACUAGUGACCUAGCUAUCUGACAAUGUUUUCUCUUCUUGUCAGAUGAUGAAGAGAAACUUUGUCAUCUAUUCAAGGAGAGAAAUAUUAAAAUUGAUAAUGAAACCAUCAUGCCCGGUAGUUUGGUCUACAACAGUGAUGACGUGUGAGCUAUCACAUAGUACCUACCCUUCAUUUCUGUGUCAGGUCACGAAUGUUCUUUUUCAGUGUUACCUGUAUGCUUAUUUUUAUUUUGGAAUCAGUAUUAUAUUGUAAAUAUUCUACAUUGUUGUAUAUAAAAUGAUUUUACUAAA